AUGUACGAGUACCUAGACAGCAAGAGGGGUACUGUGCCGACAAGGCUGAGUGAGGCAUCAGGACGGCGCACGGCUUUCGUUGCCGGCCGAGAUACUGCCUGCCGCGUUCUGCCGUGCAAGUCACCGUAUGAUGUCCUGCUCGCCCUCGGUCUAACACGCGAGUUCAUCACCCUCAAGUGCGAGGUGGACAAGAAUGAUGCAUGGCUGCUGCUCUUCCAGGCCAAGAUCAUCACGGUCAAAUGUGAUAACAGUCAUGAUGCUGCUCUUGCCCAGGCUCAUCAACAAGACGUGCCCCAUGACAAACCCGCAGACGCUCACUUGCCGAAGUGCGUGCCAGCAACGUGGAGCGGUAUCGUGGAGCUCUGCCGCCAGUUCUACCCCGGUGCCGUGCCUGACGUGAUGCGGCAUCUGAGCGAGUUCCGUGCGCGCUCAGUUGCCGAUUACGAGAAGGCGCAUGGCGUGAAUUUUCUCUCAAUAAAACGAUCGCCCAGCCAGUUAAUGGACUAUAGCAGAUUCAUGGCACUUGCAGCUCCUCGCUCGGCCUGGCAAACGCGUCUUUUUCUCUACUGUGAAUUACGCCUCUUGGAGCUCUUCACUGGUCAAGGGUUUACGAAGAAUGAGUCGGAUGCUGUCACAGUGGGAAAUGAAGACCAUUGGCCGUGUCUCCGAGAAUACGUGUGUGAAAAUGCCGAGCUGGCCACACAGCUGAGCUCCGGUACGGCAUCUCUGGUCAAACUGCAAGUAGUACUGCCGAAUGAACUGCAGUAGUAAUUAUUACAAUGGUGAUGUUUGUUUGAAAAGGGUUUGCUCCCCACACUGGAGCUCAUGCUACUAGUAUUUGUUUGUUUGUUUGUUUAGCUUCAUUUUCUUUCACCAUAGGCACAGGCAAAAUGCCUUCUCACUGGGCGUAUUGCCACAGUUCUCGCAAAGUGAUGGAGAUGGUUUUUUUUAUGUUCACCUUGAAGUUGAUUUUGAAGCAGUGAACUCACUUGAUCGUCGUACAGUCGUCCCUCUCUAAUCCGGCACUUUAUAAUCCAGCACCCUCGAUAAACCAGCACAAUUGUCAGUAGCCAAAAUGUCCUCUUCAUGCACAUUGCAGCAGUAAAUCAGAUUUGUUAAUCCAGCACCCUCCCUAAUCCAGCAGAUUUUCUUGGCACAAAUGGUGCCGGAUUAUAGAGGGACCACUGUAUCAUUAUUGAAGGAGCCAGGUCAGUUGGUAUGAUGAGAUGGCAUCUUUGGGCUAAGUUAAUUUAUAGUAAAGAAAGGGACCAAGGAAGUACGUUGUAUUUCUCGCUGGCCGAGCGCAGCGAGAUAGGCGAGAACUGAUUUCUCGCGAAAUAUUUUCAGUUGCAAAUAUGGCAUCUGGUGUGUUCUUUAUUGUCGCUUCUUUUCCUGACUUCUUCUGUCAGUGUUGAGUCUUACCAGUGUCCCUGCCCUCCCACACUUCAUUUAUGGGCAUAUUAUCAUUGCUUUUUUAUCACUUUUUGCCGUUAUGUGCUUACCAUGCCUACAUGAUGCCUAAUCGCCAUUGGGGAUAUACACCCGGUUUUUAUCCCUCACAACUGUGUCCGUCGGCGCGAGGGUUUUUUCCCCGCUGGCUCGGUUCAGAAAAAUUAAUCUGACGGUCCCAAGUGGUUCUGAAUCGUGGCCUAUUUUUGCUAUCCACUGGCCUAUUCUAUCUGAGACACUCUGUUCUCAGUCCUUGCUUCCAUACCUCACUCAUUAUCCGGUUCACAUCUGGCUUCGGCCAACUACCCUUCACUUUGUGUAGUGUCGUUAUUGCUGUCUAUGUCUCUGUGUGUGCCAGUACAUGUGGAGCGAGAAAAGUUAUGCUAUAAUGUUCACUAACACCCCAGUUACUUGACAAUCAGCUCAUGCGAUAACAUUGCACAAAGCUGACCUUAUAAAUUAUUAAUUAUGUAGUUUCUUUGAUGCUUUUCUUUACUAUAAAAUCAUUGGCUCUCCUUCUGAGUCUAUCUUUGGCCUGAGUGCUUUUUUCCUGAAGUGAAGCAGGUUAAACAACUCCACCAGAAUAGAGCAUGUUAUGCAGUCGACUCCUGAUGUAGCGACCACCAUUUUGCAGGAGAAUUAGUUCUUUAUAUCCGAAGUUUGUUUGUGUUGCAAACCACCAGUUCUCAAGUGGGAAA